ACACAUAUUUUUAAAAAGUUUUACCAAACAAUUUAUUAAUAUAUUAACAGUGGCCAUCAUUUUAAAUUUCUUAAUAUAUAAAAGUUAAAAUUUAUAUUAAGAUAAAAGAUGUCAAAUUUAUUAACUAUAGUGUCAAUAUUAGUUGUAGGAGUUGUAUAUGUGUCUGGUCAGGGUGAUUUAAUGACCGAUGAAAUGAAAAAGAAUGCCAAGAUGAUGUUGUGUGGCACCUGUAAAGACGAGGCUGUGCGUGCUGAUAUAAUUAAAUUUGGGGAGUGUGUGUCCGGUCAUUACCCUGAAGAAGUGGCAGCACUGAAGGCUAUCCGUGAGGCCAAUCUGGCGAACCCGGAUGAGUGCGUCAAUAAAAUGCGGACACAACUGGAGGGCUAUCGUAAGACUCACGCCGACGGUAUCGUCAAAGUUAUGGAGUGUUUUGCCGCUAAUGUUGUGGCCAAUCACCUGGCUAAGUGUCAUUAAUUUUACUAAUAUGAUCCAUACGAUUUAAAUUUAUGUUAGCAAAUCUAAAACAGAGUAUACACUUAUAUACCAUUUAAAUCAUUUUAUGAAUUAUUCAUAAGGGUUUAAAUCAAG